CUGUUCUGAUGUGCAAUAUGCUAUUACAGCAUCUUCACGAUGGCAUCCUGAAUAUACCAGGUUAAUAUUUACCGAUGUGCUAAUGUAAUAGUGACCUAUCUGCCUCUGCUCCUCUCUGGGGUACUUUCUAUCUAUAGGGAUGGGAAUUAAUGACAGUCUCUGUGCGCUGCCUGAUGUCAGAGCUGAGAAAGGUGUGAAGGGUAUAUAAGAGCCGUAUUACUUGUCAGCAAGGAAGGGGGAAAAGGGAUACUCCAGAGCUGGAUGCAAGCGUGGAAUUGUUGCAUACACCCCUCUUGCUAACACUGGAGUGCUUCUUCAGUUAGCUACCUGACCACUGAAAGAAAGUUUGGAAGCAAAGAUGUGCAACCUAAAGCUGUCAAUUUUCUUCAUUGCACUUUCUGUCACUCUGAGCUGUUUGGAAUCUACACCUAUUGAGAAGAGACAAGGAUGGAUAUUGCCAGCAAUGUCACAGAAUACACUCUCAAGACUUAAUGAGGAAAUGCCAGAACAACCAGCAGCAAAGACAAAAAGUCACCACCUGGAGAAACGGAAAUGCAACACCGCUACAUGUGUGACACAACGCUUGGCCGACUUUUUAGUUCGUUCCAGCAACAACAUCGGAGCAAUUUAUUCACCUACAAAUGUGGGGUCCAAUACAUAUGGAAAGAGGGACACAGUUGGGCUUUUAAGCAGAGAACCCCAAAACAAUGCACAGCUUUGAAGUAUUAAAAUGAAUACUGAGCUUCAGUAAGAGCUUAGUUUUUAAUGUAUCAAUAACCUCUUGGUCAUUUAUUAUUUGUAGAGUCUUAACAGUGCCUUGUUUUCUGUGUGUAUGUGUGGGUAUGUGAUUUAUGUUCAUCUUUUCACUAUGCAUGUACAAUGACAUGCAUAGGCUAUUGUUUCAACUCCAUUAAGAGCUCCAGAAACUUGCUUGUCUAAUUCCUUUGUAAAAAAAAAAUAAAGAUAUCACAGUAAUAAAUGGAAAUGUAAUUGCAACAGGGUUUUUUAUUGUUAUUAAAAGGUUGAAAAAGAUAA